AUGGCGUCUCUCGCUCGCACCGCAGGGCGUCUUCGAGCCCCAGCUUUUCGCACAAAUGCUCGCGUAGCUUCCAGGGCACCAAUUGCAUCACAGAAAAGACAUGCCUCUGCAGCAGCAGCCGCAGUUGCAGAGAGCGGCGAGCAUUCCUUCUUCCCAGAUGAGCCUCGCCAGCCUACUGUGAAGACUCAAAUACCCGGCCCGGAGAGCAAGAAGGCUAUCGAAAGACUAAGCAAGGUCUUUGACACCAGGAGCUUGAACAUGAUGGCCGAUUACUCGCAAAGCUAUGGCAACUACAUCGCAGACCUCGACGGCAACGUCCUCCUCGACGUAUACGCCCAAAUCGCCUCCAUCCCCGUAGGCUACAACAACCCGUCCCUCCUGCUCGCCGCCACCUCCCCCGACAUGGCCUCCGCCAUCAUCAACCGGCCGGCACUAGGAAACUUCCCGCAGCACGACUGGGCCGACAUCCUCGAAACGGGCAUCCUAUCCGUCGCGCCCAAGGGCCUCAACCAAGUCUUCACCGCGCAAGCCGGCUCCGACGCCAACGAGCUCGCCUACAAAGCCGCCUUCAUGUGGAAGCGACAACAACAACGCGGCGGCAUCGACGCCGACUUCUCCGCCGAAGACAUAUCCUCGUCCAUGAACAACAAAGCGCCCGGCGCACCCGACAUGUCGAUCCUCUCCUUCAAAACCGGUUUCCACGGCCGCCUCUUCGGCAGUCUCUCAACCACGCGCUCCAAACCCAUCCACAAGCUCGACAUCCCCGCCUUCGAUUGGCCCCAAGCCCCCUUCCCCGUUCUAAAAUACCCCCUUCAUGAACAUGAAGCCGAAAACGCAGCAGAAGAACAGCGCUGCCUCGACGAAACCGAAUCCAUCCUCCUAAACUACCACAACCCACCCGCGGCCGUGGUAAUCGAGCCCGUCCAAUCCGAAGGCGGCGACAACCACGCCACGCCCUUCUUCUUCCGCGGCCUGCGCGCCCUCACCAAGAAACACAACGUCCUCCUCAUCGUCGACGAAGUGCAAACGGGCGUCGGCGCGACCGGCAAGUUCUGGGCGCAUGAACACUGGGGGUUGGAUGCGCCGCCUGAUAUGGUUACUUUUAGCAAGAAAGCGCAGACGGCGGGGUAUUACUUUGGGGAUAAUGAGCUGAGGCCGAAUAAACCGUAUCGCCAGUUUAAUACUUGGAUGGGUGAUCCGGCGAGGGCUAUUCUCUUCCGGUCUAUCAUUCAAGAGAUCAACCGGAUGGAUCUUGUUAAUAACACUGCGGCGACGGGUGAUUAUCUCUUUGCGGGCCUGCAGAGGUUGAGCGAGAGGUUCCCGCAGGAGAUUCAGAAUCUGAGGGGGAAGGGGCAGGGAACGUUUAUUGCGUUUGAUAGUGUGAGGAGGGAUGAGGUGCUCAGGAAGGCGAAGGGCGAGGGUGUCAACAUCGGCGGGUCGGGAGAGAGGGCAGUUAGGUUGAGGCCCAUGCUAAUCUUCCAAAAGCACCACGCGGAUCUUUUGCUGGAGAGGUUGGAGAAGGUUUUCCACUCUUGA